AUGGCGGGCGCCUCGGUGUGGCACGACAGGCAGGGCACGGCGCUGAGGAGGGACGCGAGCCCGCGGGCGCCCCCUCCGCCCCCCGGACCUCCCGGGCCGUCCCCGCCCGCCGCCGCGGCUUUCCCCAUGGACGCCCCCGCGAGCCCCGGGCGGAGCCGCCGCCGCCGCCGCCCGCCCCCGCGAGCCCAGCGCCAGCCCGGGGAGCCCGUCACGAGGGCGGCCCCCGCUCCCGCCCGGCGCGGGACUCCCGGCGGGGGCGGCGGCGGCGGUGACGGCGGCGACAACGACAGCGGCAGCGGACCGCGAGGAGGGAGCCCCCACGGAGCCCGGCAGCCCGGGACCGCUGAGGCGCGAGAGAGUGCGCGCGCCGGCGCCGCGGGGGUGGGGGCCGUCACGUGCGGGAGGGCCCCUCCCCGGCCGCCUUGGAGUGUGGGGGAGGGCUGGAACGGCAGCCUCUCACCUCGCCCGCCCCCGGCGGCUCCGGCUCCGGCUCCGGCAUGGGGAGAAAGCGCGCCGGCCAGCGCAGGUGUGAGGUGGCACGUGAGGAAGCCCCGCCCGCCGAGCUGCCUUGGGCUCUUAUUGGUGGAGCGAGCCUGCCGGGGGGCACGUGGGGGUACCGCCCUCCCUGCCUCUGCCGAGGGACACGUGCAGACUCUGGCGGAGCCGGCGCGCACCCAGCUCCCCCUACUGGGCGAGCGCAAAGAGCUCCGAGCGCUGGCAGCACGUGAACCCCCGCUGGGCGGCCGACCGCGGCGUGGCUCCUAUGGGCUCGCAUUGAGCCACGCAGCGUAG